GCAAUAAUUUGGAAGAAGGGAUUGUUAUUAUUAAUUCAGCUGGCGUUUUCGUCGUUCCUUUACUUACUUAAUUGUGUGCCCCGGUGCUGUUUUAUGUAAUCAACAAACAACAACAAUGUAUUGCACACACGUUUUUACCACGCUCUUCAUCCUAACCUUCAGUCAAAGAUGCGCCUCAACGCCGUUCCUGUACAACCCCAGUUCGUUGCCCGCCUUAAUAUCAUCAGCCUCAGCUCCCAACCCCUCAGUAAACAGCAACAUAGCAGACCUGAGGAUGAAGAAGCUGGAACGCCUGCAAGAGGAGAAAGAAGGACCGGUCGAAGAGGAAGACGUGAAAGUCGUCGAAGACAACGAAGCCGCCCCCACGUUGUUGCAGAAGAAGAUAGGCAAGAUUUUGGCUAAGUUAAGGUUCAUCGCUCAGUUUUCUCGCUUCGGUAACAACGAACCGAGUCAGGAAGAGGAUGACUUCGACAAAGAGUUCAACGACGAAGGUACGUCCAAGAACAGGACGAUCAUCUUCACCCAAACCGCCAACGAAGCUAACGAAACUGCCAAGUUGACACAAACGGCGGACGAAGUUGAGCCGACCGCCAGCGUGGAGAGUCUUGAAGAACUGGAGACGCCGACCAAGCAAGAUAAGCCCGACAGGAUCACAAUCAACAUACAAACGGAUAAAAUCAAACGAGAGAGUCCUAAGGGAAACUUAUCAAUUAAACCAUCAGAUAUUGGAGUAUUUUUUCAUGGAAGUGUUGGGAAGUAUUUUAGGACUUGCUUAUGGAGCUGUUGCUCAAGCCGGACAAAAUAAUGCACCAGCAACACUUUAAGUUUGUAUUAUAUUAAUAUAAUUGUACAUACAGGGUAUAUAAUAAAUAAUUUUAAACAAUU